AUGCCGGUCCCGGAUAACUACGACGACGAUGUGUUCUCAAGCUCAAGACUGCAUCCUAAAACAAGCACGCUGUCUCCUCGCCGAUCCCCUUCUCGACAGAGCAUAUUGCCUCGUCGGUCUACAGCUUCAUUACGAGGAGGAUCUUCCAGCCUCGCAGAGGCAAUGGACGAAAGCGCUGCUAACGGGAAUGGCAGGCAUUCGCUGGCGCACGAACUUGCUGUGGCACUGAUGCCAGAGCCUAGUACUGGCUCCAAGCUACUGGCGGAGGAGUUUGGGAUUGAAUAUGAUGAAGGUGCCGAGGGUAUAGACGAGGAACCUGAAGGAGCGGAGCCUGCUGUUGAUGGGUCGACAGAGCCCGCUGACCAGCUAGGCUCGGAACCCUUGGGACCACCGCGUGCGGUGACACCUCCGGCAUUGUCAGUAGACAUCCCUUCGGAGAUCGACCCUUCCUUCGGCAGUCCCGUAUCUACUCGGCGGCGGAGGCCUAAGCCAGAGCAAGAUGCCAUGGACGUACUUGCCCAUGAUCUCGAGAAGACGGAGAAGUUCUUAUCUCACCUGCGAGGGAUCGACUCAGACAUGAGCGCCUCCCAUACCCUUCCCCCACUAGAGAAAUUUGCCUCGGAUAUCAUACGUCGAAUUAACGAAACUGCUCGAGAUCGGGAGGGGCAAGUGCGGGCGUUGCUGGAAUACGACCGUGAAUUCAGGAAGAUCGCUGGGGAGGUAAACGGCAACGACGUCUUGGGUCAGCUGGACGAAUGGGAACCUUUGGAUGAUGAUCUGUUCGACAAGCCUUUCUCCACCGAAGCCCCCAAGCCAACUGAAAAGGCACUCAGAGCUGUGGUGGAAGAGUCACAAUCGUCCUACAAUAACGAUUGGGAGACGGACCCGGAUCGCAAUCACUUAGGUGAUGAGGACGAGGACGAUGAUGCAGAUCCUCAAACCCCCGCAGUCAAAGAUACAUUCCCUCCUCCACCACUUGUCGUCGGUCCUCCCACGCCCGCGAAAGCCAUCGCUCAAUUAACACAUUUGCGGACAUUCACAGCAUCUCUUGUCUCGUCCCUGACCACGAUCUCCGAGCACACUCAGAUCAACAGUGCCGCCACGGCGGAGACUGGCCGAAAGAUUCGCGCCCUGAAGAACAAGAUUGGAGGCUGGAGGACGGAGUGGGAUAGUGCAGAGCAGAGUCGGUUAAGGAUCGAGAGGUGGGAAGCCGGAAUUCAGGAUGGGGAGAACAGUGUUCCUGGCACGCCUACAACCCGUUCCCCUGGUGCACGGAGAAGGCUUGACGGUAGAAAGGUCGUGCAAGAACAACUCCAUGGGUUCGAGCAGGCCUUGCUAGAAGCUAGUCUGAAGACGCAAGCGAUCAUGGCGGCAUCAUGA